CAGGGCGGCGGAGCCGGGAAGUGGGAGAGGGAGCGAAGGAGGCGGAGACUGCAGAGCCCCGCAGCCCGGCCGGGCUCCGAGGACAGGGGCUGCAUGGAGCGGCCGGCGCGGCUCUGCGGGCUGUGGGCGCUGCUGCUGUGCGCCGGCGGCGGCGGCGGCGACGAGGGCGCCGCGCCUACCGAAACUCAGCCACCUGUGACAAAUUUGAGUGUUUCUGUUGAAAACCUCUGCACGGUCAUCUGGACAUGGGAUCCUCCUGAGGGAGCCAGCCCGAAUUGCACCUUACGGUAUUUUAGUCAUUUUGACAACAAGCAGGAUAAGAAAAUUGCUCCUGAAACCCAUCGUUCAAAAGAAGUGCCCCUGAACGAGAGGAUUUGUCUGCAAGUGGGGUCCCAGUGCAGCACCAAUGAAAGUGACAAUCCUAGCAUUUUGGUGGAGAAGUGCACCCCGCCCCCGGAAGGUGAUCCCGAGUCUGCUGUGACUGAGCUACAAUGCGUUUGGCACAACCUGAGCUACAUGAAGUGUACUUGGCUCCCUGGAAGGAAUACAAGUCCAGACACCAACUAUACUCUCUACUAUUGGCACAGCAGCCUGGGAAAAAUUCUUCAAUGUGAAGACAUCUAUAGGGAAGGUCAACACAUUGGUUGUUCCUUUGCUCUGACUAAUUUGAAGGAUUCCAGUUUUGAACAACACAGUGUCCAAAUAGUGGUCAAGGAUAAUGCAGGAAAAAUUAGACCAUCCUUCAAUAUAGUGCCUUUAACUUCUCAUGUGAAACCUGAUCCCCCACAUAUUAAACGUCUCUUCUUCCAAAAUGGUAACUUGUAUGUGCAAUGGAAGAAUCCACAGAAUUUUUACAGCAGAUGUUUAUCUUAUCAAGUAGAAGUCAAUAACAGCCAAACUGAGACGAAUGAUAUUUUCUACGUUGAAGAGGCCAAAUGUCAGAAUUCAGAAUUUGAGGGAAACCUGGAGGGUACAAUUUGUUUCAUGGUCCCCGGUGUUCUUCCUGAUACUUUGAACACAGUCAGAAUAAGAGUCAGAACAAAUAAGUUAUGCUAUGAGGAUGACAAACUCUGGAGCAACUGGAGUCAAGUGAUGAGUAUAGGUGAGAACACCGACCCCACGUUCUACAUAAGCAUGUUGCUCGCCACUCCGGUCAUUGUCGCGGGCGCAAUCAUAGUUCUUCUGCUUUAUCUCAAAAGGCUCAAGAUCAUUAUAUUCCCUCCAAUUCCUGAUCCUGGCAAGAUUUUUAAAGAAAUGUUUGGAGACCAGAACGAUGAUACUCUGCACUGGAAGAAGUAUGACAUCUAUGAGAAGCAAACCAAAGAAGAGACCGACUCUGUGGUGCUGAUAGAAAACCUGAAGAGAACCUCUCAGUGACGGGGAUAUUUAUUUUAACCUUCAGCAUGACCUUGUGAAGAUUCAUCCCAUUCUGCAUUUGUUAUCUGGGAACUCGUGAAACGGAAACUGAAACUACUGGGCCAUUUAAAAACAGGCAGCUCAGAAGAGCCGCGGUCUUUCUGUUGAAUGGAGCACUGAGAAACUAAACGUAAGGGGCUCUUUGGUGAAGAGAGUGGAGUCCUUGUUGUCGAAUUGUGAAAGCAGACCGCCCUCGCGACGCCUUCAAAGUCAGGGACAAAGCAAACAGCGAUGAUGGCGGUAGAGUUAAUCUUACCAAGAGUUGUGACAACUGAGGGAUCUGUGCCUGCUUUGUAUUCUCUGUGUCCAACAAAACCAACACAUUCGAUUUUGUGUGAAACUCAUUUUGGGUGCAGUUGCUCAUGCCAGCCCCUGAGUCACAGAGAACUUCUAGCAAACGAAAUUGAUAAAAUCUGUUAUCUGUUGCUUGGGAUCUUGUGGAGGAAUGUGUGUGGCUCUGAAACCUCUUAGCAGCCUGGAAUCCUCAUCGCCGUGAGCAGCAGGUGUCUCCGCUUGGAAAGGCUCGGACAUCAGCCCUGGCCCCGAGGAGGGCACCUCCAGAAAAAGCAGAGGCCGCUCCUUUCCUGACACCUUUCAAAGCCACGGCAGGCUUUUGGGGGCCCCCGUAGCGGGUGGCAGGACUUGCUGGGUGUGAGGGUGUGCAGCCCAUGCCUUCUUCCCUUCCACUGCUCAGAGCAGAUGCUCGCCCCCCCCCACCCCCCGUGCCCCUGCACUUGGCCCCCAGCCCGGAGGCGCCGCUCACUCGGACGGACGACAGUUGGGCCGAGACCCCUCUGUCCUUACCACUUUAUCUCCACCGGUCAGGUGCCAGACCUUGGCCGUCCACGUGCACCUUCAUUCCCGGCAGCCAGCGGGUCUUUCCCUUCUGGCUAGAAAUUAGGACGUAAAGCUGCGCAGAACACCUAGAGGGGCAGGGAGUAAUUUGCAUCUCAGGUAAAGUGUGAGGAGACUAAGAAACAAUGACUGAUUCUUGCAUAUUUUGUAACUUCUGCGUUGAGUCUGCAUUUCUUGGAAGGUUUUCAGUGUGUACUAUUUCUCUAUGCAUUUUCUAAGCAGAAACGAGGUAUUAUCUUCACUUCGAGCUUUGCUCUUGGCUUCAGAAAGGAAUAGUUCCGUCUUCCCCUUUUCCCUUCCAGCCACGACUGGUUAUGAGUAGGUUUUGCUUCUUGUAUGGACAACAUCUGAGGCUCCAACAUUUGUAUUUUUUUUUUUUUGCAUACUCAGUUAGGGUUCCAUUCUCACCCAGCCCUGCAUCAGACCCACAGAGAUGCUCCCACCACUCCUCCUCCUUCCUCCAAAUUUAAAGAAGCGUGGAAGCGAGAAGCCCCCCCCCCCCCCCCCCCGAGUCUCUCUCCCCCGACGCACGGACUCCGAUCCCUGAUAAGAACUUGAAAAUGUGAUACCGCAGGUUCUCCAGACACUCACCCGUGGGCAGCAAUCAGAUGUUGCGACUUGCAGCUCCUGCUUUUAGGGGACGACAGGAGGUCAGAGGUUUGGGCCCAGGUGGCCACCGGCUGGCACGGCCGCGGAGGAGGAGUGUGCCCUGGCUUGUCGGAGGAAAUUGUGGGCCAGGGGUAGAUGUCAACGUGUUUCCUCCCUGUGCCUUUUUUUUUUUUUUUUUUUAGGUCAGAUUGAGGUGAGAGACAGGCAGAGUAGAUGUCCCACCUUGUUCUGCAGUUCUCUAGAGAGAGCAUUUGGUUUUCCUGUGUCGGAAUGAGAUUCUCUCCCAGUCAAGUCUAUUUUAAUUCUGGAAAGCAAAACACCUACAUGCCUCAGCCAGGGCCAUUUUUCCUGAUAUCCUAUUUAGAUGGCAGUGAGGGAGGGGAUGCUUUGGGAUCAUGGUUCCCCAAGGGACUGCAGAUGGUGACAGUCACAGCCCGGGAGCGGGAACAUCACACUUGGUUUCCAUUCUCCGCUUUGAGCAGUCAGAUAGUUGAAGGAAAGGGGGGCAGCAAACUACAGGAGUACCUAUGGCUGUUGGAGAAUUGCUGAAGAGUGAUUCGCCCGGUGUUGGGAGCUCUCGGGAACUUGAGUACAUCAGUGGGAUUUCCAUAACCUGUAGGAAACACGUAGGUUCAUUCGCUGUGUCAUGCCUAAACUAUAUGGAUUAUCUUUCCCUCCACCCACCUAAGUAAACCCAGUGUAAGGAUGGUCAUUCUUAUUCUUUCAUUCAGAUAAGUUUUUCCUCUAUCUGGGCACUAAAGGGAUACGCGAAACAAUGUUAAGAAUAUUUUUGGUAAUGCCUUCAACUAGGGAUCAUUUUGUUCAACUUCUUAUAGGAAAGUUUGAGUGAAAUAAAUACUGUCUUUUUGUAUGUCA